UUUUUCAUCUUUUUACAGCAACAAAAUGGCACUUUGCUUUGCAGUUCUGAGUACGACUGUCUUUAAAUUGACAAAUGCCGUGUGCGAGUCGUUCAACAAAUCGUGGGUGGAGUUCGAGCUGUGUCGCCUUAGAGCUGUGAGCCGCCACAAGGUCUACCUCAAUCUAAAUGUCACUCUGCAUCAGCCAAUUAAUGAUAUACACAUUAAGGGGCAGCUGAUGAAGAAAGAGAAUGGCUAUAAGCCCUGGCUCUACAGUGUAUCCUUUAAUGGUUGUCAGUUUAUUCGUCGUCGAAACAAUCCGCUCAUUAAACUCGUCUGGGAUCUCUUUAAGGAAUAUUCAACCCUCAACCACACCUGUCCCUAUGUGACUGGACUUGUCUUUAAAAUGACAAACGCUGUUUGUGAGUCCCGCAACAAAUCUUGGGUGAUUGUCGAAACUUGUCGAUUGCACGCAUUGCAAAGGAAUAAAACUGUUCUCAAUCUAAUGGUCAAUUUUUUACAUCCCACAAAUUAUAUUUCAAUGCGAAUGCAAGUCAUGAAAAAGGCAAAUGGAUAUAAGCCUUGGAUCUUUGACAUAACAUUUGAUGCUUGCAAAUUUAUGAAAGACAAAUCAAACAAAGCCGCUAAAGUUGUAUUCGAUCUCUUCAAGGACUUUUCAACUGUCAACCACUCGUGUCCUUAUGUGACUGGACUUGUCUUUAAAAUGACAAACGCUGUUUGUGAGUCACACAACAAAUCCUGGGUGAUAAUCGAAACUUGUCGACUUCGCGCUUUGCAACGCAAUAAGACGAUACUCAAUCUCUAUUUAAAUGUUUUGCAUCCUACGAAUUCUGUUUCAAUACGAUUGCAAAUCCAGAAAAAGUUCAACGGAUAUAAGCCUUGGAUUUUUGAUACCACAUUCGAUGCUUGCAAGUUUAUGAAGGACAAAUCAAACAAAGCAGUUAAAGUUAUAUUCGAUCUUAUAAAAGAAUAUUCGAGUCUUGACCAUCCAUGUCCCUAUGUGGGACAACAAUAUCUUAGAGGAUUCUACCCAGCUAUCGAUAAGCUUAGGCUUCCGCUGCCAACUGGCGAUUAUCUGCUAUUAAUGACCUGGAAAUUCUACAAUAGAAUUCAAUUAGAAACCAAUGUUUACUUUACAUUUGUAGAGGAUUUUUAAAUGGAGUUUUAUGACGAAUCAUUAAAGUGUCUAAACAUGCUAAAUAUAGCAAAAAUAUAACUACUUUAGCGUAAACGUUUAAACAUCAUAAAUUCGCAUUAAACGCAGAUGACUCCAGAGUUCGCAAAAUUAUUUACUGAUUAAAAUCACAGCUUCGCAAUUACUUUAGUUUCGAAUGGGAAUUUAAUAGAUUUGAGUAAAUCAUUCCCAAUCGAAGCUUUGCUUUGGACAGACGCUGUUUUUGUAUUUUUGCUGCCGCUUUUGUUUGUCGUAAGAAGA